AGCACCUCCACCGCCGCAGCACAAGUGUCCAGAGCUGGGAGGGGGCGCGACGAGGCGGCUCGAUCGUCCGGUGAGCCCGGUCCUUUUUCCUGUCCUCUGAAUUAACUUCAGUGUGAGAUGGGGGAUGACCGCCCAUUUGUCUGUACUGCCCCUGGAUGCGGGCAGGGAUUCACCAACGAAGAUCAUCUUGCUGUGCAUAAACACAAGCAUGAAAUGACAUUGAAAUUUGGUCCUGCGAGGACAGACUCUGUUAUCAUAGCAGACCAGACUCCCACACCCACUCGUUUCCUGAAGAACUGUGAGGAAGUUGGACUAUUCAAUGAGCUGGCCAACUCCUUUGAACAGGACUUUUGUAAAGCACAGGAUGAGGAGCAAAGGGCAAAAAACCUGGCUGCAGCGUUACAAUCACAAGGUGCAGCUCCACAAACCCAAAGAGCGGCAAAAGAUGAAGAUGAGGAUCCUUUAGAAGUAGAUUCUUCUCCUCCUGAUAGUCCAGAUUCUUCCUCCUGCAUGUCAGACGACAGCAAAGACUCCAGGGAGAUUCUCACAAAGCCAAGUUCUGCCCCGACUCCAACCAUUGUGCGUCCAGGUUCUCUGCCUCUACACCAUAGCAAUGAUUUGCUACACCCUACGCUGCCAUCUCCCACGUCUGUCAUCACGCAGGCUCCGCCCUCCAACCGCCAGCUCAGCUCACCAACAAAUUCAUAUCCGCUAGUAAGGCACCUUGCUAACGGGCAGACAGUCCCACUUCUGCCCAGUCCUGUUCAGCUGACUUCAGUCAUAUCUCUUGCAAGACCUGGCAAAACUGUGCCCAACAUCCCUGGGAUCCCAGGUCCCCAAGUGGGCGGGGCCAGCAGCGGUUCAUCUUCACCGUCAGGGUAUCAUCUGCAAUCUGAGACCAAGAUGCGUUUGAAAGCAGCCCUGAGUAAUCAAGGCAUAGGAGCGCACGAAGGCGGUAGCGGGGGGGCGGGAUCCUUCCCAGCCGUUCCCCAGAGGCAGGAACACGGCCAGCAGCCCACUCAAAAUUCAGAUGCACCAUCACCUGCCCAACCACAGGUGUCCCCUGCACAGCCAACCGGGGGCCGGCGGCGGCGAGCCUCCGAGAUGGACCCCGACGAGAGGAGGCAGCGUUUUCUGGAGAGGAAUCGAGCAGCUGCCUCACGUUGCAGGCAGAAGCGAAAGCUGUGGGUGAACUCUUUGGAAAAGAAGGCGGAUGAUCUCGUCAGCAUGAACAUCUCGCUAACGAACGAAGUAACGCUGCUGAGGAACGAGGUGGCUCAGCUGAAGCAGCUCCUCCUGGCCCACAAAGAUUGCCCCGUCACUGUUAUGCAGAAGAAAGCAGCUUUCUUAGCUGCAGGAGGAGAGGAAGCCUCUAGAGAGACGUCCGCCGAGCCCAUCGGAUCCCCAGCAGCUGUUAUCCAACACGGGUCGUCGCCCUCCAGCCCGGGGCCCACCAUCAACGGGAUGAGCGUCCGCGCCGCAGAGGCGGUGGCUAUGUCCGUCUUGGCUGGCAUGGGAUCGGGCCAGCCCGGAGGGGUCGUCAUGGUGACGCAGUCCCAGUCAACACCGAGAUGAUGUGCCGACGCAGGUAGCCAGUAUAGACUCGAGUGGCAUUCGGAGGCCGGACAGGUGCAAGGUGGUAUAACGGAGGGAGCCUCCAUCACUCCCACACCCUCAGACUACGACCCUUGCCUCCCAUCACGCCAAUGAUAAUCACACAAAGACAUCGGGCUGCUGCUAGUCCA